AUGUCCCGUAAUUGUGAUGAAGAUUCUGGACGCAGUUCUUGUUCAGCUGCUUCAAUCACUUUCAGCCCCAUUAUGGACUACCAUCACUUUAAAUCUGAAGAGAGACUGGAGCCUAAAGAGUCGGUUCAGUUAAAAAAUCAAGAUACAGGGGCCACUUUAAAAGUUAGCACUCGUCCUCGAAGCUAUGUUGCACUUUUGAGUUCGCCUGAUGAAACAGAUCCGUUUCCUAGCUACAAGAUGUCAAAAGGUCAUAGGAAUGCUGUGUUACAUUUGUUUGAUACACCUAGACAGGGCGGUUUAAGUAAUGCCCACUCUAGUUAUGAUAUUGCUACUAGCACUCAAAUAGAACAAUGUAACAUACAAAAUAAUGCUUUAUCAUUGUCUAAUGUGAAUGCUAAUGAUAAUAAAUUAAAUAGAGCUGAACAAUUAGCCAUAAAGACAAAUUUUAAGAGAGGAAAACCUGUGCAACGGACUGCAUCAAGAUUAUAUAAAGCGGAUGCUUGUUUCAAAGGAAAAGAAGGUUGUAUAGGUCCAGAAUUUAUUGUGAGAGCCUCCCAAUCUAUUAAAAAAAUUGAUUUGACAUUAAGCACAGUUUGUGAUAAAAAGAUUAUCACUAUAGUAUUGUUGAAUGGUCAAAGAGUUGAAGUUAUAUGUGAUCCUAACACAGUAACAGCUGGACAGUUGUUUGAGGCUGUUGUACACAAUGAGAAAUAUGAACACAGCUUUAUGCUUGGUAUAGCUGCACUAGUCGGGGGGGAUUUUGUUUUUUUACCUGAUGAUUAUAAAAUUAAAAAGAUUGCUUCAGAGAAUUGGCAUAAAUCAAAUAAGAAAGGUAAAGGCACAGAUGCAAGUAAUGAAGCCUCUUUGACAGUAUUUUUAAGGAUUAAGUUUUUUCUACCCAAAAAUAUCGCAAGUAACAUACAAGGUGGUGAAUGGAGGUACAGGGUCUAUCUACAAUUGAGAAGAGCAACUGUUGAAGGCCAAAUGACCUCAACAAUCCAAAACCUUGUUUUGUUAGCUGGGUAUGCUUUGCAUAUUGAAUUUGGAGAAUUCUCUUAUAGAGAACAUGGUUCUGGUGACUAUUUUCUACUGGAACAUUAUUUACCAGAGACUGUAAUAACUGAUGAUAUGGCAGAUGUUAAAUUAAGAAUGAAGAGGGCUCAUGAAUCUAGGAGAGGUCUAGACAGGGACAAAGCCAUUAUUAACUAUAUAACACUAGCACAAACAUUUCGAGACUAUGGGGCCCAUUUUUAUUCUGCAGUUUGGGCUACCAGAGAUGGAUUCUGUAGGGAUAUUUGGCUCUCAAUAGGCCCAAGGGGCAUUACACUUUAUUCUAGAAAUAAUCAAAUUGCAGAUGAAUCUGGUAUUUUUACUAACAGAAUAGUAUUACAAAGCUUACCUUGGCAUCAUAUCCACACCUUCUACUAUAAUAAAAAAAGUUUGUACAUUAUGCCCAAUUCGUAUUCUGGUCUAUCAAAAAUUGGUAUAAAAUAUAAAUUAAAAAUGACUGACCAUAAAAGUUACUUCACAUUUUGGUUGGCCUCUCUGCACCACAGAUUAUAUCUUAAAUUAUAUGCCAAGGAAGAUUUUAUAACUUACUUAUCCACUGAAAUUGGGUCACCUAUAGGUAACAGUCUCAAAAAUGCAGACUGCAGUAAUUACCAAGAUAGCUACAAUUUAGCAGUAAGGAAUCCAGUAAGGAUGAGGAAACCUGUUAGAAGAAGAUUUAGAGUAGAUCUUUUUAGUGACAAAAAAAAUCAAAACAAGGAGAAUGAAAAGCCCGAUACAGAGGAACUGCUAAGGAGGAUAUUGUCUCCACAAGAUGAAAGUUUGUUAAACUCUUCAAGUAUUGGCCAUGGUAGUUCUUCUAAUGAGGGUUUGUCUUCUUCAGAAAGUUGCAGUUUACCUAGGAGACAUGGUGUAAAAAUGGGUACCCGAGUAUUCGCUGGAAUAAAAGCUACAAGAGAUUGUAAUAAUCUUAGAUCACCUGGCCAUAGAAGUUCCAAUGAGUGUCUGAGACCAGAUACAACCACCCAUAGCGAUUCAGAUGACCUUAGUUUAGAACAAAAGCAACACUGCCAUGUUAAUAGUAUGAAAUUAUUACCAGAAAGACAGUACUGUCAAAAUCUUUCUACUGGCCCAACAGCUUAUGUAUUAGAAUCUCCAAAAGCUUACUCUGAUGUAUUUAAUUUUAAAGAGGGAAAUGAGUCCUGUCUUAAUACAUCAUUAUUUGAGAAAUUAGAUAAUAUGGAAUAUGUUCAAGGAGAAAGAGUAUUUGUGACUGCAGUUUUAGAGAGAGAUGAAACAAAUGCAUUGGGGCUACAAGUUGCAGAAGGCUCUGAUGGAAAUGUUUAUAUAAAAUCAAUCACAACAGGUAGUCCAGCCGAAUUGUGUAGAAAACUCUUACCUGGUGAUCAGAUAAUAUCAGUAAAUGGCCAGACAUUAUUGAACUUAAAAUAUGACAAGGCACUAGCCAUGUUGCAAUCUGCUUCUAAAACGGUUGAGUUGAUUGUUUUGCAAAAUGUAAAUAAACAUUCCCAUGCAGAUUAUCAACCGUGUACAGAAUCAAAUAAAGAAUAUAACUGUAAUGAAACUCGUUCCAAAAGUAUGUCUAGCGCACUAGAUGUAGACAUUACCGAUGAUGAAUUAUUAAAUGAAGAAGCUUUAAAAACAAUUUAUGCAUUAAUCAAAUUAACAAAAGAGAAAGUGAUGGACAGAAUGAAAAAUAAAACCAGUGUACAGAGUACUCCCAAUAAAAGUAACUUACAGAAAUGUUACUCUGAAAAUAAAGUUUAUGAAGAAUUUAAUACAGGUGACUGUUCUUCUCAAGAAAACACUCCAGAGAGAAAGGACAAACAGAAAUUUAAUACGUGGCGUGGCCAGUUACCUAAUAGUCGAAUAAAACGCAGACCCUUAAGCUUAAGUAUACCAAACAACAUGGAUCUGCCGGAUGAUUAUUUAGAUGAUACAAGUGAAAUACUAUUGAAGAAAUCUUCGUUAAAAUCCAUUCAGUCGUCAUUGAACAGUUUAGAGAAAUCUGAGAAAAGUGCAUCGGCCAAAAAUGUGGCUUUGCCAAGAAAUUAUGGGUUAAGUCGGAGAUGGUUAGGACCAGUAAGAUAUCCAGUGACGCCUUGUAAGAAUAGCAAUACUGAUAGUGCAAUUACUGAUAAUAAUGUUGUAAGGAGACAUUUCGUUUAUGGUGCUGGUGAUUCAGAUGAAGAUCAGAUAUUUUUAUAA